ACUCACUCACCAUCUUGCUCAUUUCCUCUUCGGCUUCUUCACCCAACAAACCCAAUCCCUAAACCGGGGGAGAGAAGACCCUUUGCAAAUAGGCAAUGGAUGAUUUAGAUGCUUUGCUGGCAGAACUGGAACAAACUUCAGCAAGUUUGGAUGUGAGUGACCCAGAACCCAAAAAGGUUUCCUUUCUUCUGGACCGUGACAGCAAGGGGAAACCAGAGGCGGCAGCGGCAGCGGCAGCAGAGUCCAGAGCCAUCCAGAACAAGAAACCAAUUCCUCAAGCCAAAACGGUGCAACCACCACACGGCACACAGCACCAUGAAGAUGAUGAUCCUGCAGAUAUUUACAGCAAGGUGCCACCUCCACAGCCACUGAUCUCAGCUCCUUCUACCUCAGCUGCUCAACAGCUGGAUGACCUCUUGGCUUCUUUGGGAACAAUGCAGACCAAGGUCUCAGAUGGGGCGAAAAGUACAGGAUUGCCGCCAUCAGAGGAAUAUAUUACCAUUGGCACUCUGGACAGCAUGCUGGAGGGCCUGACUCAGGAGAUGCAAGAUCUUGGUGUUGCUACUGUGUCGAAGGGUGACUGUGCUUUCUGCCACAAACCCAUUGCUGGAAAGGUAGUUACAGCACUGGGAAAGACGUGGCAUCCAGAACAUUUCACCUGUGCUCACUGUGGAAAGGAAGUGGGUUCCUCCCCCUUCUUUGAGCGGGACAGCAAGGCCUACUGCCAGGAAGACUACCAUCAGCUCUUCACCCCCCGUUGUGCUUACUGUACUGCACCCAUCCAUGAGAAAAUUCUAACUGCUAUGGACCAGACCUGGCACCCAGAGCAUUUCUUUUGUGCUCAUUGUGGGAAGGUCUUCGGCAAUGAUGGUUUCCAUGAGAAGAAUGGGAAGCCAUACUGUCGGAAGGAUUUCCUGGCCAUUUUUUCUCCCAAGUGCAGAAGCUGUGACCGGCCUGUGAUGGACCAGUAUCUGUCAGCACUGAAUGCUGUCUGGCACCCUGAGUGCUUUGUGUGUGGAGACUGUAUGUGCAGCUUUGCCAAUGGCUCCUUCUUCGAAUUGGACGGCCGUCCAUAUUGUGAGCUUCACUUCCACUAUCGUCAGGGGACUGUGUGCCAUGGUUGUGGGAAGCCCAUUGUUGGGCGCUGUGUCAGUGCUAUGGGACACAAGUUCCAUCCAGAGCACUUUGUCUGUGCCUUUUGCCUUACCCAACUGCACAACGGCAUCUUUCAAGAGCAAAAUGACAAGGCCUUUUGUCACUCUUGUUUUAGCAAGCUUUUUGUUUGACUGGCAAAUGUGAGGAAAUUUCAAGGCUUCCCAAGAACUAUACUCGAAGGACAAUAAGGGAAAGACAGAUGUCCUGAAAGGGAUUACAGCUUCAAUCCUAUGCACCUUUAUUAGGGAGAAGGUUCCACUGGAAAUACUUACUGCCAAGUAAAUGAGCAUAGGAUUAGAUGGUAAGAACUGCAGGGACCAAAAAUAUUGCUUAGUCUCCACUACCAUAAAUUCAGUAGCCUGCUUCAGAAAACCCAGAGAGGUGGUAACGACUAAUACCAGGGAGGGCGAGUUGCGAGGAAGGCAGGGUGCAACUUACCUUCCCCCAGACAAUCAAUCAUGCCCUUAACCCGGCUGCUGGGAUCGUGCCAGGACACAGAGACAGGCGCCUAGAGAACCCAUCUAUCAGGGGAAUCGCCCAACAAGCACGGUGCCUUGUGAGAUAUUCAGAGGCUGGGAAAAUGAGUCUGGGCUUCUGUUUAUCCACACGGCUGGGAGCAGCACAGAUAAUCCAGCAGUGCAGACUGUGUUGGGUGUGUGGCUUGUGCACUGAAGGCACAACUAUCUAUCAUCUGGGGGAAGGUAGGUUGCACCCUGCCCUCCCCCCCACACCCGCCCUCUCCAUCCCGGUAUUGGUCAUGAGAACGACCUCUAGAUUUCACUGUACUUCACUAAAUUUCAAAUAACUCUGCCAGCUUAUACCAGCUGAGCAGAGGCAUGUCUAGGGAAAAUAGCGCCUAGGGCAAGCACUGAAAUUGCGCCCCCUGGCCAAACAUCUGACACCCAUCUUUCAGAUAACUUUACCAUAAUAUCAGCUCAAAAAUACAAGUCAAGCUUGUUAACCUUUUAAUAUUUCAAAAACUAUUCAGUAGCAGACGUAGCCAGACCAAAAAAUGCUGGAAAACUACAAAUUUCAGUAUGCUGGGGCUCAUGAAAUACCCAAAUACUAUGUGGAGGUGUACUUGGAAAACUAAACAGAAGUGCCUGUCUAAUUCUCUACUAUGCAUUGUAGCAUCACUAUUACAUAAGUUUUAAAAAUAAAUGGAGAAUUUGACUUUUCCCAGAUACUCUGAAAAUAAUUAAAGGAUAUGCAGAGUAAACUGUGUCACUGCUUGGAAUAUAUUCUAGUAUUUCAUAAAGACAGUUAAAAUGAGAGAAAGAGAGCAAGAAACUCCCAGUGGGGCUUAAUACUAAGGACUUCACACUGAUUCAAAGACAAACUUACUAUUAAUAGCCACAUUAUUAAGACAUCACAUUGAACUCACUUAUCACAAGAAGCAAAAUAAGAGCAAAUGAAUACAAUCCUAGCUCAUAAGCUUCAGCUCAGUAUUCACAAGCCCUGAUUCUCUGCACAUAGUGCCAAUCUGAAUAUGUGUACAGUGACGUAUAUUAUAUUAAAUUUUUAAAAAACAAUUUUUUACCUGUAGCCCCUCGGGGGGCUUCCUAAAGGCCAUGAGGGGGUCUGCAAAGGUUCCCCCUCCCCCCACUGGCCUUAAGGGCCUCACAGGGACCAUUUGAGCAUGUGCGGUGGCCAUUUAAUUUUUUUUUAAUGGCCGCUGAAAACAAAAUGGCUGCCACACAUGCUCAAAUGGCCUCUGCGAGGCCUGGCAUGGCCAUUUGAGCAUGCAUGAUGGCCAUUUUGUUUUUGGUGGCCAUUUUUAAAUUUUUUUAAUUUAAAAAAAUGUCACCCCCCUUCAAGUGGCGCCCGGGGCACUUGCCCUACCUGCCCCACCCUAGACAUGCCCCUGCAGCUGAGGAUCUAAUCCAAUAUCUUACCUAAGACAAUCAAAGUAUCUGGUUCCAUCAUAUAUCCCAUAUGUAUAGCUUCUAAGGUCAACUGAAUAAUACCUAGAGGUAUAAGCUACCCAGGUUUUCCUCCUACCACACAACUGAAAACUGGGAGCAUACACAGCUCCCAAACCUGGAUAGAACACAGUUUUUGAUUGUGUGAAUGACCUCCUAAUCUCAGAGUCAGCAUCAUUGGGCAGCUGUCCAGGGCCCUCAGAAGGGCCCACUGCUGAUUCCUGAGACCACCUCUGCACACACAGCUUUUGUAUGAUGGUAGCAGAGAUUCUGUCAGGGUCCAUCCAUGCAGAGAGGGGGCCCAUGGAGAGUAUUUUGCCAAACCAUGGAGGACUCCUUGGAGCCUGCCCUGCCUAACCUUCAUUGAAAUCUAGAUUCUGGGAUCACUUCCAGCUGGUGAAAUAAAAACAUGAUUUUUCAAUUAAUAAUGAAAAAUAUUCAUUUCCUGGAAAAUGUUGCACUUUUUUGGCAACAAAAUUAUAUAUUUUUCAAAUUUUAUUUUUAUUUGUAAACAGGAAAUUUUAACGGUAUAAACACACUGAAUUCUAGUUGCCAAGUAUUUUAUAUUCCUGCAAGAAAUAAAAGGGUGUCGCUUCGAAAGAAGCCCAUUUA